AUAUGCUUAAAUUAUAUUCUAAAUUUUCAAAUUCAUCAAAACCAAUUCAGUUAUUAAUGAUGCCGAAAAAAAAUCACUAGUGAGCCACACAGUCCUUGCACGCUUGAAACAGUCGGUGUGGUGCCGGCCAAAUAUCCUCUGAAGGUCAAGUUAUAACUUUUGUCACAACUUUAGAAUGCCAGAGCUGGGGUAAAUUACGCGUACCUGUUUUCUUAGGGGCUUUGGGUUUUUAUAGCAGUGUAGAAUCAAGCUCCGAGACUUGCGUCACAAGUCUUUUCCGUAUAGAGAAGAUCUCCACCAAUGUGCGUAUAUUCCAGAAUCCUCCUUGUGUUAGAAUUCCAUUCACAUUAAGACUCUAUGGACUAGGGUUUAUCGUGAGGCGCAAGUUGUUUCCAUUUAGGGUUUCUUGGAGAUCACAUAAUGAUUAGUUGAGUGCCACGUGGCCUUUUGACCCGUCCACCUUGUGUCCGUUCACAUAAGAUCUAUUCAUAUUUGACCACUUUUAUUUGUGCUGUUAGGUCCAUCUAAGUGGAUCCGUCUCCUCCAAUUUUCUCCCUCUUCAGUUAUUAAAAAAAAAAAAAAAAAAUCUCAAAAUACCAAAACAAAAAAAAGAAGUUACAUACAUGCUAGGUUGGUUUAAGUCAAAUAAGUUAAAAAAAAUUAUCAACCCAAGCCUAACCUAAUCGAAGGGGUUAAUUUGAUGAUACCCCUAAUAAGAAGAGUUGAGAACGAGAGUCCCUUCAAUUAAUCCAUUUGUUUAGUUUUGGUUCCACCGCCUCAGCAACACACGCAGGUUUUGACCGUUUUUCUCUUCACACACCUCCACCGCUUUUUACCAUUCUUACCCUAAAACAACAACACAAUACAGUACAGACACCCAGUUUCUCUGAAGCCAUGCCACAAGAUCUUCCUGGGUUUUAUUAUGAUAAGGAGAAGAACCGUUACUUCCCUAUUAAAGGUCCAAUACCCGGCUCUUCUCGUUCUUCUUCUGUAGCUACUGCACAAGAAGCAACUCCAAAGUCCACAAGGGCAUUGAAUUUAUGUAGAACUGGAUUAAGAGCUUCUAAGCUGCUUCAGGUUAGGGAGUUAUAUGGUAACGUUAUUCCGUUCAGUAAAGGAAAGUGUAACUUCAAGGAGGAAAUCCAAAGGAUACAAGUAUCACAACCUGUGGUUUGGAAGUAUGGUGGAACAGAUAAGAUUGUGAAUGGUGCUUUGGAACAGAUACGCAUUGAUGUACAGACACUUGAGGGUCAAACUGAAAUGGAUGUUUUAUUAGCAGGCGGUGUACAUGGCUCCUUGAGUUUUGUUGAAGUUGGAAAAGUACAACAAUUUGAUUACGGGGUAAAAUGCAUGCCAGAUCAAGUGUGGCCGAAAGUUAAAGAAGACCAAGCAGAGUGUGGUAGAACUCCUGGGCAUAUCUGGAGACCUGUAGGAUCUUUAUUACAAAUGCCAUCAAACAUAUCUUGUAUAAAAAUUUUUGAAAAGCACUCUCCCUCAAUGGAUGAUGGUUCAAAUGUCCAGGAUGCAAUUACAAGUACUUUGGGAUCAGAGACAUCUGGUGGAUCUCUCUAUAUUGUUAAGCUCAUUGAACCGUUAGAUCUCAAUUCAAGUAUUUCAAGCAUAAGUCAAAGAAUACAUGAGGUCGCUACUUUCAAUUGCACCAUCUGGACUGCUGAUUACAAUUUUAAUAGGAGUCGAGCAGUGAUUGGUACUAAUUUGGGAGCUGCUCUAGUGGAUUUGGAAACCGGAAUGGCAUCAUGGGUGUGUCGUAGUAAAAGUGAUGUUUUCGCACAACAAAUUGUUCAUUCGGGAAAUUCUAUUUUAUGCGGACUAAGGAAUGGGGCAAUUGUGACAGUGGAUGUUCGUGACAAACGGGAAAGCAGUUCUGCUAGAUUUAUUAGACAUAGAAUACCUUGCUCACCCUUGGAUAAAACUGUUGGAGACUCUAGUAGACAAUGGUUUAAACUUUCUGGAAACAUAUAUCCUUCAUGUACUGUUAAAAUGCCUUCAUCUAUUUCUUGUUUGGUAUCACUUCAAUUCGAUGACAACUAUUUCUUGGCAAGCUCCAUGGAUGGAUCGGUAAAACUAUAUGAUCAUCGGCUAAUACAGAGAGGCGCUGUACAAUCUUAUGAAGGGCAUGUUAAUUCCCAUACACGUAUACAGCUUGGAGUUGAUCCAUCUGAGAAAUUUGUUAUGUCAGGUGGAGAGGACUGCAACUUGCGGCUCUGGAGUAUCAAGUCUGGUGAAUUGCUUUUCGAGGAUAAAUUCUCUGAUUCAGUCCUCUCAACUGUGUGCUGGCAUAGAGCUGAAAGACCAAUGAGAGUGGGGGAUGAAAGGAAAAGCUAUAAAGAGUAUUUAUAUCAGCAGAGUUAUGGUUUAGGGACAUGGCUUGGAUCUCAUGAAGGACUGUUUUACAUGCACUGGCCUUGAACUUAUUGUGAAACGAUAAUAUCAGUAUUAAGUGCUGGUGGUGAAACUAUGUUUCUGAAAACUGCUUCCCCUCAAACAUGCAAAGCACUAUAUUGCCUUUGAUAUGGAUGACACAGCGAUGACAAUGCCAACAUAGGGCCUUUCUGUUCUAAGUCACAAGCCAAUGCCAUAUACUGGUGCUAAGAGACAGCUGUGAAGGUAACCAGCAGCAAAAGAGUAAUGAUCUUGCCCUUGUCAACUGAGUUAUUCUUGCAAGGGCCGCAUGAUGUUGUCAAAUUGAAAUGGUUGUAAAUGGCUGAAAUAUCUUUCCAAUAUCCUCUGUCAUGCUCUUCGACUUCCACAUUCAGUAUAAGGUAGUUCUUUGCUAGUGAGCCCGGAAACUAUUGUUAUUAGUGUUCAAAACUUCUAAUUCUAAACUCUAAGCAAUAUGGCAAAUCCUUUCAUUUCAUCCUUAAGAAAGAUGGAUGGGUAUUUCUGUUAUCUAUAGUGGAAAGGGGGACUGUGUUGCUUCCAGUGUAUUAUCUCAAACUUUCUUGACCAAAUUCAGGGCGGUUAGCAAGCCUAGUUGUCUGAAAGCAGUCUGAUUGGGCUCUAGCAUGAUAUGUGAAUAGUUCUAUCAUAUGAUUUGCACCUUGAUACUGUUCUUUUUGGUUAAGACAUCUUGAUACUGCUUGGUGAACAAAAUGUGACACCUUUUCCCCUGCUGAAUAUGAGUUUGAAUACAAUCCAUUUUGUAUGGGUGACAUUGGUAAUUGUCUAUUCAGCCAAAAAGAAAAAGGUGAUUGUUUGUGUUACAUUGCUUGUCUAUAUGUAAAUGCCCUUUAUUAGACUUUGGCACCUAGCAAGUGAAAACAUGAUGAGUAAUCUGAUUUGCUUAAUUGCAUGU